UCUUUUUUUUUUUUUCUGUGGCAACACUGGCGUUGACAGCUGAUUUAAGAUUGUCCUUGUUUUUAAUUUGUUUAAUUAUUAAAAUAUAUUAAUUUUAAAUACAAUAUUGCCUAAAACCAUCUCAUCACUGAAUUAUUAAAUGUAAUUUAUAAAGUUUUCAAAGUUUGCUUGCUUUCAAAGUGAAAAUUGUGAAGUUAAUAAAUGUAAGGUUACCGGCAUUAAGGAUUUCGCUGCAUUGUCAUCUCGAUAUCAGGUAAAAUACAGUAUUAUUUCAACGUAAUUAGCUAUUUUGCCUUUUUAUUUUCGUGUUUACAUUGAUUUCAUGUAGUGCAACAAACAUUCGCGGUCAAAAUAACAAUAAAAAUUACCCUUUUUGUAGUUGGUGGCACAACUUCUUUGUCUAAGCAAACUUUUACUUAACUUAUCUAGUAACUUCCUUACCUUAAUUUACAUAAUAAUUUCAGCUUCCAUUAUAACUUUCUAAUUCUAUCUCUUACCUUUAAACUUCCAAAAUGAUUCUCACUCGCAAAGCCCAUGCUCGCCAAGAGGAGUCUAAACUCAGCCUGGCUUUGAGCGAAUUGAAGGCAUCAAAGGAGUUGUGUGAUCAAUUGUUGGGGGAAAGGGAUGACAAUGAGAGGGAAUUCUUGCUUAUUUUGGACCAAAACAAGAAGCUGAAACGUGAAAUGGCUCUGUUAAACAUUCAACACACAGAAGCCAUUGAGGCCCGGGAUAGGCUCCAAUUCGUUGUGGACGAAUUCAAGCAGUGUAGCGAGGAGUAUGAAACCACUUUAAAUGACAAAACGCUACUAAAACAACAGCUACAUGAGGCCAACAGUCAAAUUUCUGAACUAGAAAUAUUAAACUUAAACAUCACGGCCGGCUUGAAUAAUAGUUUAUUCAGUGAAUUGGUGUCAGCCCAAGCUUCUCAACUACAAUAUAGUGAUGUAAAUUUAGAUUUAAAUCCAUUAACUUCAAAUCAGACUACAGAUAAUGAUGCAUGUCACCCAGUGAAAUUUGUUAGUUCUAGUCAUAAGAAGCUUAAGAAAUACAUAAGAAUCAGUAAAUUUAUAACUAAAACAAACAGAUUAGUAAAGAGACAAAAGUUCUUCAUAAAAAAUGUAAAAUUAAAUAGAGAACGUUUCCAGCUUCUGAAACAACUUAGUUUAUACUCAUCAAAAUUAAAUCAAAGUGCUAGGAAAUAUGAAACUGAUACCCAGAGCCUGCAGUCAGAACUAGAACAAUUAACAUCAAAGUUAGAAAUAAUGUCUAAUAAAUAUAGUGCUUCAGAAAGGCAGAUGAGGGAAUACAUGUUGGCAAUGAAUGAGUUGGUAAGCUCGCAGGAGAAACAGUGUGAGAAGUGCACUCCUGAUGCUAUACUGCCUGCUCUUUCUGUGCCAGCAUGUGAGACCACCUUACCUCAUGGUAGAGGUUUACUGUUUAAUAAUUGUAAUCCUAGUAAUCAUAAUAUUGUCAUUUUCAGUGAUGAGAUUGGAAAGAACUUGGGUUCAAUGUUGACAAAUGAAUUACCUGGACAGUCUACAUUUAAUCACUGUAUGCCCGGCUGUAGUUUUGGUAAUAUUUUGGAUAAAAUUAAUAAAUAUAGAUUUAAUCCAGAUUCUACCCUCAUUAUAAUGUGUGGUAACAGAGGUAGUCUUAAUAAAAAAAGUUUAAUCAAUUUCCAUAAUUCACUUGCCAAACUGAAUUUUAAGGGAUAAACACGAGAUAGUGCUGUUUGCUGAUGAUACCUCACUAUUAUUCAAACUCAGACGACGACAAUUAGUUAUUGACAAUGUAAACAGUGCUCUCUCAGAAAUAGUUCACUGGUUUGGUGUUAAUAACUUAUUACUAAACGAAACUAAAACUAAAUGUAUUAAAUUCACAACACCAAA